AUGAGAGAAAUCCUUCACAUACAGGGAGGCCAAUGCGGAAACCAGAUCGGUGCCAAGUUCUGGGAGGUCAUAUGCGAUGAACAUGGAAUUGACCAAACCGGAAAGUACAGUGGAGAUUCCGAACUCCAGCUCGAGCGAAUUAAUGUUUAUUACAAUGAGGCCAGCGGCGGGAGGUACGUUCCACGAGCUGUUUUAAUGGAUCUCGAGCCGGGCACCAUGGAUUCCGUCAGAUCCGGCCCGUUUGGACAGAUAUUCAGGCCGGACAAUUUCGUUUUCGGGCAGUCCGGGGCUGGGAACAACUGGGCUAAGGGGCAUUACACUGAGGGAGCUGAGCUGAUUGAUUCCGUGCUUGAUGUUGUCCGCAAAGAGGCCGAGAAUUGCGAUUGCUUGCAAGGGUUUCAAGUCUGUCAUUCAUUGGGUGGAGGCACCGGUUCUGGUAUGGGCACCCUUCUCAUUUCCAAGAUCAGGGAGGAGUAUCCUGACCGCAUGAUGUUGACAUUCUCGGUUUUUCCUUCGCCGAAGGUAUCCGACACUGUUGUUGAGCCGUACAAUGCUACCCUAUCUGUUCAUCAACUCGUUGAGAAUGCAGAUGAAUGUAUGGUUUUGGAUAACGAGGCUCUGUACGAUAUUUGUUUUCGUACUCUCAAGCUUUCUACUCCGACUUUUGGCGAUCUCAACCACCUGAUUUCUGCUACAAUGAGUGGUGUCACCUGCUGUCUGCGAUUCCCUGGACAGCUCAACUCUGACCUGCGGAAACUUGCAGUUAACCUUAUCCCAUUCCCACGGUUACACUUCUUCAUGGUUGGGUUUGCACCGUUAACCUCCAGAGGCUCCCAGCAGUACCGGGCUCUUACGGUUCCUGAACUGACCCAACAAAUGUGGGAUGCUAAGAACAUGAUGUGUGCUGCUGACCCACGUCAUGGUCGCUACUUGACUGCUUCAGCCAUGUUCCGUGGCAAGAUGAGCACCAAAGAGGUCGAUGAACAGAUGAUCAAUGUCCAGAACAAGAAUUCAUCCUACUUCGUCGAGUGGAUUCCGAACAAUGUUAAGUCUAGUGUGUGUGAUAUCCCACCGAAAGGUCUGAAAAUGGCAUCGACAUUCAUUGGCAACUCGACCUCAAUUCAGGAGAUGUUCAGGCGUGUUAGCGAGCAAUUCACUGCUAUGUUCAGGCGUAAAGCUUUCUUGCAUUGGUACACUGGUGAGGGAAUGGACGAAAUGGAAUUCACCGAGGCAGAGAGUAACAUGAACGAUCUUGUGGCCGAGUACCAGCAAUACCAGGAUGCUACUGCUGACGACGAGGAAUAUGAGGAAGAAGAGGAGGAGGAGGAGGAGGAGCUUGCGGCUUAA